UUGUGACUUAUUCAUAUUUAGUAUUUCAUUACCUACGCUGUUACAGAGGUGUAUGUUCGCUAGUUGUUCUAAAAUACUAAUCACUAUAAUAAAUAAUAAUCCGUAUAAUAUAUUAUACCUUCGUAUGCCUUAAUUGUCCACCUCAUAAGUUUACAUUACAUUAAAUAAAAAUGGGCAAAACAAGAAAAGAACAUCCAGAGAAAAGAGGCAGAAAACGAAAGAAGGACGAUUUUGAUGAAAAUUCUAUGGGUUUGGAUGAUCCUGUAUUAUUAGCUGUUAAUGAAGAAGAGGGUUUACCAAGUGCAGCUAAAAAAUCUGCUGAAACUGCAAUAAACAGUGUCGAAGAUGAAUUUGGAGCUAAGGACUAUAGAUCACAAAUGAACCUUAAAAUAGAUCAUGCAUCUCGGCCAUUAUGGGUUGCUCCUGAUGGGCAUAUAUUUCUUGAAUCAUAUUCUCCUGUGUAUCGCCAUGCUCAUGACUUUAUGAUUGCUAUUGCUGAACCUGUUUGUAGGCCAACUCAUUUACACGAAUAUAAAUUAACUGCUUAUUCAUUGUAUGCAGCUGUAAGUGUUGGAUUAGAAACUAAUGACAUAAUUGAAUAUUUGAAACGUUUAAGUAAGACAAGUAUACCUGAUGGUAUAAUAGAGUUUAUAACUGUGUGUACACUUUCUUAUGGAAAAGUUAAACUUGUACUUAAACAUAAUCGAUAUUUCAUUGAAUCACAACAUCCAGACAUUUUACAAAAGCUUCUUAAAGAUCCUGUUAUUGGUUCUUGUCGUCUUAAAAGGCUGGAGGAUACUGAUGCAUUAAUCACUGAAGAAAAAAAAAUAGAAAAAUCACAUUUUCCUGGAGAUUCUUCAAAAGAUAAAGAAGAUAAUUUGAACGAUGUAGUUCCAAAAGAUAUAACAGAUUUAUAUGAAAAAAUUGAUAAAGUUGAAGAAGAAGAAGAAGAAAAAACACAAAAUCUUGUAUCAUUUGAAGUCCAACAAGAAAAAAUUGAAAUUAUACAAAAGCGUUGUAUUGAGAUUGAUACACCUCUUUUAGUUGAAUAUGAUUUUAAAAACGAUAAAGUCAAUAAAGAUAUUAAUAUAGAUUUAAAACCUCAAGCGACAUUAAGACCUUAUCAAGAAAAGAGCUUAAGAAAAAUGUUUGGGAAUAGUCGUGCAAGAUCAGGAAUUAUUGUAUUACCAUGUGGUGCUGGAAAAAGUUUAGUAGGGGUAACAGCUUGUUGUACUGUACGUAAACGUGCAUUAGUCCUAUGCAAUUCAGCAGUAUCAGUUGAACAAUGGAAAUAUCAGUUUAAAAUGUGGUCAACAGCUGAUGACAGUUUGGUGUGCAGAUUUACAUCUGAUGUUAAAGACAAAUUAAUGGGUUGUGGUGUGUUCAUUACAACUUAUUCAAUGAUAACACACACACAAAAGAGGUCCUGGGAAGCUGAACAAACAAUGAAAUGGAUUCAAGAGCAAGAAUGGGGUAUAAUGGUAUUGGAUGAAGUACAUACCAUACCAGCUAAAAUGUUUCGACGUGUAUUGACACUGGUUCAGUCACAUUGCAAAUUGGGCUUAACAGCCACAUUAUUACGAGAAGAUGAUAAAAUUGCCGAUUUAAACUUUUUAAUUGGUCCUAAACUAUAUGAAGCUAACUGGUUGGAACUACAACAAAGAGGUUAUAUAGCCAAAGUUCAGUGCUCAGAAGUAUGGUGUCCAAUGGCUCCAGAAUUUUAUCGUGAAUAUUUAGCUACCAGAACAUGUAAAAAAAUGCUUUUUUUUGUGAUGAAUCCAAAUAAAUUUCGUGCUUGUCAAUUUUUAAUACGUUAUCAUGAACAACGAGGAGACAAAACUAUUGUAUUCUCUGAUAAUGUAUUUGCCCUUAAAGAAUAUGCCUUAAAGUUGAGUAAACCUUAUAUUUAUGGACCAACAUCUCAGGCGGAAAGAAUCCAAAUAUUGCAAAAUUUUAAAUUAAAUCCAAAAGUGAAUACCAUAUUUGUCAGUAAAGUUGCAGAUACAUCAUUUGAUUUGCCAGAUGCUAAUGUUCUUAUACAAAUUUCUUCUCAUGGUGGAAGUCGGCGUCAAGAAGCUCAACGUCUAGGUCGUAUCUUACGGGCUAAGAAAACUGCAAUUGCUGAAGAAUAUAAUGCGUUCUUCUAUACCUUAGUAUCGCAAGACACAAUGGAAAUGAGCUACUCAAGAAAACGACAAAGAUUUCUUAUUGAUCAAGGAUACAGUUACAAAGUGGUUACAAAACUGGCUGGAAUGGAUGAGGAUCCAGAGCUUUUUUAUUCUAGUAGAGAAGACCAAGGUUUAUUAUUAAGUAAAGUCUUAGCAGCCAAUGACACAGAUGCAGAUGAGGAAAGAAUGCCGUAUGAGGGUACAUCUAAAUCCUAUAAGAAAAUGUCUGGUAAAAUGAGUUCUAUGUCUGGUGCUGAUGAUGCAGUUUAUGCAGAAUUCAGAAGAAAUUCUGGUGUAAAACAUCCAUUGUUCAAAAAAUUCAGAAAGUGAUGUUUAUUAUAAUAUCAUAUUUUUUACCUAAUAAAAUUAAUGUUAAUUUUUUAAUCAAGUCAAAUGUUUGUACUCCUGUAGUAUUAAGUUUAUAAAAAAAGAAUUAAAACUAUAUCUAUUUUGCUUAC